CGCGGGAAUCACAAACUGAUACAAAAUAACCGGCGCGUCACCUGCUACUGUCCUUCCCGCUUUCACAGCGUUUACGUCGUCUGAUCAAGCGCAGAGAACUGCACCGUCUUUUACAGAAUGUCUCACACAGGUAAAACAGUGGUCAUCCCUCCAGAGCUCCCCGGCAUUCUGAAGCAGUUCACCAAGGACGCCAUCCGGACACAACCUGAAGACCUGCUGGAAUGGGCCACACUGUACUUCAGUGCUCUGGUCCAGGGAAAGACGUUACCUGUGAACAGGACACCAGACAAAGUGGUAACCCCCAACACCAUGGACCUCACACCUGAGGUACUCACCACAAUGCACGAAAAGCUACAUAAGAAUGGCACAGUCAGUAAGAAGGAGGUGAGCAAGCUGUGGCGGUCGUUAGGAUUGGCUGACGACCUUCUCAGACACAUCAUGACAGUGGGCUGCUUCGGAGACCAACUCGACUGGAUAAAAUUCUUCGCCCUGGGCUGCAGCUAUCUGGGAGGGACGAUCAAGAACGCCAUGACCCACGCGCUGUACAUCCUGAACUCAGACAGCUCUUGUAAGCCAGUUACACAGUGA